AUGGAUAUACUGUUGAAAAAGCAGAACAGAAAGAGCCUGCUGCUAUUUAGCAUAGCCUGCAUUGUAUUGCUGUAUCUGAUAGCACACUUGACACCAAAAUCAACGACACUAGAUGCAAGUACAGGACCAGCACAAGCAAUAGCAGAAAGCCAACUUAUUCGCAAGGUGAAGAAGCAAAAGCAGCAGCUGGAACAGGAAACAAGCCUUUUGGAACAACAUAUACUCAACAAGAGGAUCCUGCCCGUCGAAUUCCCAGACGCAUUUGAAUUCCACAGACCCCAUGUCAAUGAAAAGUUCAUCACCUACUUGCCCCACUCUGGAUUCCACAAUCAACGCAUCGAAUUAGAAAACGCCCUGCUGCUGGCGUCCUAUUUGAACCGCACCCUGCUGCUGCCAAGUGUCUAUCUCGGCAAUCCAGCUUUUCCAUGGCUCAGAUUCGACAAGAUGUACGAAAGAUUGCUACUGCAAACCAAGCAGGGACUUGAGUAUUGUAGCCUCAUUCGACCCGACGAGCCCUUGCCAACCGAAUGCUUGAAUUAUCCUCGCUGGACGACCGUGCCCUGGACGUUCUUUUAUAAUUUCGAAAAGCUCAAUCAAAAGGUGAGGAUUGUGUUCCGGGAAGAUCUCAGUUUCGAGUGGAUCAUGGACAGUUUCAAGCUGAAAAUGGACGACAUUUACCUGUUCAAGGAUUAUUCGCCAUUUGAAUUUCGUGUGUUUGAUUUGCCUGAAUCCACCACGCCAUUGUCUCGGUUUGUCAACAGAAUCGACCUCAGCACACUGGAAGCCAUUGAGGAGAAGGUCAUCCACUUUGGAUCUGUGUUUGGGACCUACCGAGUGUUGGCGCAGAGUCAAGAGCACAAGGAGCUGCUGCUGUUCAUCAGAGAAAACAUGAUCUUUACCAAUCCGACAUUGGUCGACAUCACCAGCAGAAUCGUGGAUCAACUGGGUGGCAUUGGGUCAUUCGUGGGUGUUCAUUUAAGAGUAGGAGACGGGCUAUUCAAGGUCAGGGCGUCUAUUAACGUGGACGACAUAUUCCACGCAUUAGUAAACGAGUACACUGAUCUGACACUGAAAGAGCUGCAAGAUAUCUAUGAUGUACACCAUGACCAAGAUCGCAAGGAGAACAGUGAAUACGAGAUUAGACAGCUCCGUGAUUCCCAUCAGCAGCAGCAAGUGACGUUUGAGCAACCGAUCCAUGUACAGCAUCCCUCGGAUAUUCAGGCAAAGCUCGCUGCCAGCGGCGAUGGUAGUGGUGCAUCUAAACUGCCCAUGUGUCAGGACAGAAAAAACGAUCGAUUCAGCGGUACAACCCUAUACAUAGCAACGGAUUGUCCUGAUCCUAGGAACCAUCCGCUGUUACGCAAGAUAUUCGAUACAUUUCCUUGCGUUUUUGUGCUCUCUGAUUUCAAAAAUGAGCUAGCUGAUCUGGACAAGAUUCAAGUCAUCGAGGAAAAGGUCAAGUUGACUUCCUACCUGAUCCCCAUGGUGGACGCCAUGAUCGCCUCUCAGGGACAUUCAUUCCACGGCACAAAUGCAAGCACGUUUUCCACUUAUAUCGAGCGUCAGCUACAUCCUGUCUACACGCAUCAGACAAUGGAAUUGCAAGGUGCACCUCAGCCCUAA